UUUGCACGUAAGGCAGAGAAUUUUUAAUUUGAAAGUGAAAACUGCAUCAGUGAGCGCCUCUGUCACGCUGUUCAACAGAAGUAGGAGGAUUUCUUGUCUAACCAAGGCUACAGUAAUCCAGGAGGUGUAAGCAAAAUUAACAUUACUCAAAAUGGAUCCCAAGAAAAAGAACUUCUUGGAGAACCUGCGUAUCAAAACUAAGCUACCCAACCUAAAGAAGCCAGGGAAGAAGACCCCGCUCAAGCAAGGCAGGAGGCUGGCCCAUCGGCGCAGUAUUUCCGUGCCAGAUCUACGGUUUGUGCCAGGUGAAGGUUGUACUGUAGAUAGUGCCAUACUGUCCCCUGCCUCAGAUGCUAUCUUCUUUAAUACCUCACCUGGUCAGAGUGAUACAGAUUCCAUUGCAAGUGGCUCGAUCAGCAGUGGACCACUUUUUGCAGAUAAACUGACCGAUGUAAACCCAGAAACGAGGUACAAUGUUCCCACAGAUUAUCCAUUUGCCAAUAGAAUAAGUGCACCUGUGGAAGCAUUUGCCCUCUAUGAAGAAAUGGAAGAUGUUGGGAAAAUGUCAAGCUCAGUGAGCAAAGAGAACUUGACAGAAGAAGCUCUGUACGCACAAGUGAACAAAAGAGCCAAUGUUGCCAAAGGGAACAUACCAACAUUUUCAUUAACUCCUGUUCCCUUACCAAGAUCUGUUAUGACCAGCACACAAGCGUCUGCACCAAGACCAAACUUAUCAGGGGACAGAGAAGAUUUCUCAACAGAAAGACCUCUCACCAAUCAAACUGAUCCAGUAAACGUUAACAUAGAAAAGCAGACUCCUCCAGUGGAGCAUAGAAAGCUACCAGCUGAAAGAGGCACUCCACCAGCGAACAGAGAAAAUAUUCCUUCAGAUCGGUGGUCUCUGCCUCCAGACAUUGUGGAGACUCUAGUGGAGAGUGCAGAUGGCAUCUCUCUGGACUCUGCCUGUGGCACCCCCAGUGAGGAACGAGUCAACAUGCCCUGGACUACAGACUCUGAGGACCUGGAACGGGAGCCCUUCUCCCCCUUCACAUCUGUGGUCUUCUCCAUGGAAGAGCCUCAGCUGGAAGAGCAGGGAGAACCAGUGGAGAUAUCAGGUGAGCAGAAUGAUCUCUCUGACGAGGUUGUGCGGGAUCUGUCAGAAAACUCUGUUGUCACAACCGGUCUUGAGGUCCCAGCGCCUGUCCCUUUCCAGAGAUACCUCCUCAACAUCAACCUUAAGGAGGGAAGGAACCUGGUGAUCCGAGACAAGCGCUCAGGAACGAGUGAUCCAUAUGUUAAAUUCAAACUUGAAGGAAAGCAAUUCUAUAAGAGCAAAGUGGUGUAUAAAAACCUGAAUCCGCAGUGGAACGAGUCCUUCUCUCAUCCUCUACGAGACAGAGAGCAUGUUGUGGAAGCUCGGGUCUAUGAUAAGAAUCGCACCAGUGAUGACUUCAUGGGUUCCUGCGCUAUUGCCCUAAAAAACCUUGAAUUAUACAAAACCUAUGAAAUGGAGCUGCGUCUAGACGAUCCAAAAAGUAAGGAAGAUUACAUGGGAGUCAUCACCAUUGACGUCUGCUUAAUGUUUAGAGAUCCCACCGUCAAAAGAGGCCCAAGAUGGCCACAAAGGAAGAAUAAGAACCAGGUUCAGGCAGUGACACAGUCUCCACGCACAGACAUGCAGAAGAAUCAGCUGAAGAACCAGCUGUGGAGCGGGGUGUUUGGUAUCACCUUGGUGGAGGGACAGGAUUUGCCACAAUAUGGCCAGGGGGACAUCUACGUCCGCUUCCGGCUGGGUGAUCAGAAGUACAAGAGCAAGAACCUAUGCAUUCAGGCCAAUCCCCAGUGGAGAGAGCAGUUUGACUUCAAUCAGUUUGAAGAUAACCAGGAACCUCUGCAGGUGGAGGUAUUCUCCAAGAGAGGGAGGAAGUGUGAGGAGUCAUGGGGGAUGUUUGAGAUUGACCUAUCAAGACUUCCAGAAAAUCAGAGGCAGCUCUACACCCAUGUGCUGGACCCCGGGAAGGGCAGGCUGGUGUUUCUGGUCACCUUGACGCCCUGCUGGGGAGUCUCCAUCUCUGACAUCAGCGCAGCUCCUUUGGAGCAACCUGAUGAGAGAGACACAAUAAUGGAGAAAUUUUCCUUAAAGAACUCGCACAAAUGUGUGAAAGAGGUUGGCUACCUUCAGGUCAAGGUCAUAAAGGCAACAGAUCUUCCAGCAACAGAUCUCAAUGGAAAAAGCAACCCCUUCUGUGUUAUUGAACUUGGUAAGAGCAGGCUUCAAACUCAGACAAUCUACAAGACCCUCAACCCGGAGUGGAACAAAGUCUUCACAUUCCCAAUCAAGGACAUUCACGAUGUGAUUGAGCUGACUGUCCUGGAUGAGAACGGAGACAGAGCCCCAAACUUUUUGGGGAAAGUGGCCAUUCCAUUGCUGGCUGUUCAGAAUGGACAACAGGUGUGUCGGUUCUUGAAGAAAGAAGACUUGGGAUCAUUGACCAAAGGGAGUAUCACGCUGGUGCCGGAGAUCAUCUAUAACAAAGUCAGAGCUGGCAUCCAAACCUUCAAACCAAAGGAGACAAAAUACGUGGAGGAAAACCUAAAAUUCUCUAAAAAGGUCCUUGCCCAGAAUAUAUAUCGGGUUCGCAAAAUCAGCACGGCAGUUCUGUACACGUUACAGUACAUUAAAAGCUGUUUUCAAUGGGAGAGCACGCAACGGAGUCUAAUAGCCUUUCUGAUCUUCCUGGUGACGGUAUGGCACUGGGAGCUCUUCAUGCUGCCCCUCUUCCUGCUUCUCCUCAUAGGCUGGAACUACUUCCAGCUCACCACAGGGAGGGUCACCUCCAACCAGGACCUGGUGAACAUGAGCAUGGCUGAUGAUGAAGAAGAAGAUGAGAAGGAAUCCGGAAAAAAAGGGUUGAUGGAGAAGAUACAUAUGGUGCAGGAAAUAGUGCUCACUGUUCAGACCAUUUUGGAUGAAAUUGCAAGCAUGGGAGAACGAAUCAAGAACAUAUUCAACUGGUCUGUCCCGUUCUUGUCCUGUCUGGCCUGUUUGGUGCUGUUUGUGGCCACAGCAGUAUUAUAUCAUAUCCCACUCCGCUACGUUGUGCUGAUAUGGGGCGUUAACAAAUUUACCAAGAAGCUGCGCAACCCGCAUACUAUUGACAAUAAUGAAAUACUGGAUUUCCUCAAGAGGGUGCCGUCUGAUGUUCAAAAGGUGCAGUACAGCGAGCUGAGAGCGCCCACCACCCAGAGCCAGCCACGGAGGAAAAGGUAAGCUCCGCGGACAUGCUGGAUGAAAGGCUCGUCUCCUUUUGAAAAUGGUACGGCCCAGUCCGCCUGACAACAAUGCUCCAGUGCCAGCAGAGCCCGUGACCUCGAGCACCCCACCAUACCACCCUACCCCCUGCCCCCUGCUGCUGAGGGGCAGCCAGCCGCUCUCUGGCUUGUGUGUUUGCCACCCCCCUGACAGGGGCUGUGCACUGCAGCGGCUGGGAGGGCAGCACAUGGCGCUGUCAAUCACAGACCCGGAGGUAAAGAAAAGAGGCCGCUGCAAGGCUCAGCCUUCAUCCAUGGAUACAAUUUAAAAGAGGAAUGAAAGACACAGUGUUUGGCUUACCUUAAACCUCUCCUGUCUUGCUUUUUAUUGACUUUGGUGAAACUGAGAAAUUUCUCUUAAUAUAAAGUUAACACAUAAGCCUAAGAAUUUAAGGGAAAACUAUGAUUUUUUUUUUUUUUUGAGUGUGUAUUAAUAUAAUUAAAGGUCAAGAAGUCAAUGCAUUUUCUCAUAAUCAUGCGGAAUUCUGCAAUAUAUAUUUUCUCCAAUUGAAAAUAAUUUUA